UAGUUGUUGUUGUUGUAGCUAAUCAAACAUUCAAACAAGUAACCAACAAACACGCGACACGCGAGCAAGCAAGAAAAGUGAUUGUGAUAAAAAACCACCUAACCAACAUGAACCAUAGCUAGGUGGAUGGUACAUACAUUAUUAAUGCGUUUUGUAUUUUCUUUCUUUGGAAUUCGCACCACUCAUAACCCCUUUUUGGAAUGAGGAUUUGAACCCACUUUUAAGAAUAAAAUGGUGUUUUAUUUUGUUAGCAGUGCUGUUUCGCCACCUGUUACACUCUUUAUGGGACUUGACAAAUAUGAAAAUGAAGAGCUGAUAAAAUGGGGAUGGCCUGAAGAUGUUUGGUUUCAUGUAGACAAACUUUCUUCAGCCCACGUUUACCUACGUCUGCAGCCUGGCCAGACAAUAGAUGACAUUCCAUCAGCAGUGCUAGAAGACGCAGCCCAGCUUGUCAAGGCCAACAGUAUUACUGGCAACAAGAUGAACGACAUAGAUGUUGUCUACACCAUGUGGUCCAACCUGAAGAAGACGGACGGAAUGGAGGCUGGGCAAGUCAGUUUCCACAAGGAUAAAGAGGUACGCAAAAUGAGAGUAGCUAAACGCAUAAAUGAAAUUGUGAAUAGGCUUAACAAAACAAAAACUACAAAAGAAGUGGAUUUGAGAGCGGAAAGAGAAGAAAGAGACAGAUUAGAAAGAGAAGACCAGAAAAAAAUACAGAGAGCAUUGAGGGAGAAGCAAAAGGAAGAAGAGAAAAAGAAAAAAGAAGAAGCAGAACUAAGAAGCUACACCACACUGAUGAAACCAGAAAUGAUGACUUCAAAUCAAGAUGGAAACGACUCUGACGACUUUAUGUGAUCGAUUUUUACUAGUGCCAAAGUGAUUUCAAACUGAGUGUAAAUAAUUGAAACAUUAAAACAGUCCUGCAUUUACAGCAUUGUGAGAUAAACUUGUGUUAACACUUUAUUGUAUCUUGAUAAAAAAUUGGUUUUGUUAAUUCUCUUAAUUUGCUUUGUUAUUAUAAUUUUUUAUUUGGGAAAUAAAACUUCUUUGACAGCCUUA